AUGGCCGACAAAGGAGCAGAUACGUACAUGAUGUGGGUGGAGGGCAAGGAAGUAGAAGGUGGAGCAAAGCAGCUACCCAUUGAAGAUCCAGCCACUGGCGAGAUCUUUGCCCACUGCCAUGCGGCAUCUGCAGCCGAUGUUGACAAUGUUGUCAAGACUGCUCAUCGAGUCUUCAAAUCUGGAGUGUGGUCGAAAGCCCCGCGUCAUGUUCGCGCAGACAUUCUAGACCGCAUCGCCACACUGCUGACAGAGAACCUUCCGCGAUUGAUUGAACUGGAAGUCCAGCAAACCGGGCGCGCUAUCCGCGAAAUGAACGCUCAAGUUCCCACCCUUACCAAAUGGUUCAAAUACUAUGCUGCCCUGAUACGGACCGAGGAGCGCUCUGUGUUACCUACCGUUGGUAAACUGCACAACUGGAUUGAUAGAAAGCCUCUCGGGGUGGUUGCGCAAAUUACGCCGUUCAAUCAUCCAAUGCUGAUUGCUGUCAAAAAGAUAGCGCCCGCACUGGCGGCUGGAAACUGUAUCGUCUUGAAACCAAGCGAGCUGACUCCGCUCACAAGCGUCGAGUUGGGAAAGCUUAUGAAGGAGGCCGGUUUGCCGGAUGGUGUAUUCAACGUGUUACCUGGCGAUGGUAUCACAACAGGCAAAGCUUUAGUCCAGCACCCGUUGAUCAAGAAGGUUGAUGUGACAGGAGGCACGCCCGCAGGACGCGCCAUUGGAGCCAUCGCUGGAGGAAACCUUGCACACUAUACUGCCGAACUCGGCGGCAAAGCACCUCUAAUCAUCUUUGAGAAGGCACAUUUAGAUUUGGCAGUCAACGGCGUAGCAUUUGCUAGCUUCAUCGCCAGUGGCCAAACAUGUGUAGCAGCAACUCGAAUAAUUGUCCAAAACAGCAUUCUCGAUGAUGUUGUAGCAAAACUCAAGACCAAGGCCCAAAGUAUCGAAAAAAGAAUGGGGUCACCCAAAAACGUUGAAUCGAUGAUGGGCCCACUCAUCUCCAGGAAACAGCUCGCUAACGUCGAGGCGCUGGUCGACGACGCAAAACAAGCCGGAGUUACAGCCGUAUUUGGUGGAGAACGCAUGAAGGGCGAGUCAUCCCUCGACGGCAUUGACUUCUCCACCGGCUACUUCUAUCCCCCUACCAUUCUAACCAAUGGAACCUCCACAAAAAUCGUCGACACGCGUAUAUGGAAAGAAGAAGCUUUCGGUCCCGUGAUCGUGGUCGUCGGCUUCGAUACCGAAGACGAGGCCAUCGAACUCGCAAACGACAGUGAAUUUGGGCUCGGCGCUGCCAUCUGGACACAGGACCUAUCACAGGCGUUCCGCGUCUCGGAAAGCAUCGAGAGUGGCAUUUGCUGGGUCAAUACGCAUCAUCGUAACGACCCGAGUUCGCCCUGGGGCGGCAUCAAGAGCUCUGGUGUGGGAAGCGAGAAUGGGGUUGAUGCGUAUAAUGCGUAUACCACGUCCAAGAGCACGAUUAUUAAUUACGCGACGGCGGAGGAGGGACUGGCGAGCGAUGAUUGGUUCAGGGAGGGUACGGGUGAGGUGAGGUAUGGAUAG